UAUUGUCUGGUUGGAGCUAGAACACAUUGUUGUGGCUGCUUUCGAGUAUUCGAACAACUUCUUUGAUUCCGAGAAAUUAGUCGAUUUCAUAUUAAAAUGGCAAAACAUAUAGAUUCUUUACAGCCUGGAAUUAAAAUUGAUGAUCUGAUGCACGAGGAUGGAAUUACCUUUGAAAUUGGAGGACAGUAUCAGGAUGAUGACGAUGAAGAAUUCGCAUAUUCCCCAACUGUACAGUUCAGCAAUGAUGAGAUGUUGGAUAUGUUAAAUAUGAAUGAUUUCGAGGAUGAAGAGGAUGGAGAUAAUGAAAAGGAGACUGUAACCAUUUAUGGUAUAAGUUUUGAAAAGCUAAAAACAAAAAUGAAAGCCAUAACUGCAGAUAAAAAAGUUAUGAAGUAUAUCAAGCAGAAAGGUGUUGGAGAAGUUGUACCGCACAAUGCUCAAGUUACUAUUCAUUAUAUUGGAUAUUUUGAACAUAGAGAUGAGCCCUUUGAUUCUACUUAUAUUUCUGGGAGACCAAAGAUAAUGCGUGUAGGCCAAAAUUGUCUCAUACCUGGUUUAGAGCUUGGUAUACUUAGUAUGAAGAAGCAUGAAAUAGCAAUGUUUUUGAUACAUCCUGAUCUUGCUUAUAAAGCUCUUGGUUGUCCGCCACGUAUCCCACCUAAUGAGGAAGUAGUAUUUAUUGUGCAUUUGAUUGACAUUCUCGAUGAUGGUUCUGCAGACACAUAUGAGAAUCUUAGUAUAGAGGAAAAACAGUCUUUUGAAUAUGUAGUACAGUCUGUAAAACAUAUGCUUGUAGCUGCUAAAGAUUACUUUUCCAAACUUAAUAUGAAACGAGCAAUACGUGAAUAUAAAAAAGCUAUUGAUUCUCUGGAAAGAGUAAAAUUGAAAGAUAUUGAGGAAGAAACAGAAAUGAAUUCACUACUCUCACAAGCCUAUACUAAUCUUGCAAUUUGUUAUAACAAAUUAGACAUGCCGCAUAAUACUUGCAUGGCUUGCGUUCGAGCGCCGGCACCAACUGUUAAAACUCAUUAUCAUCAUGGAAAGGCUUUGACGACUCUUGGAGAAUAUGAAAAAGCAAAGACCGAAUUGAUUAUAGCUCAUUCAAUGCAGCCUAACAAUGAAAGUGUUAGAAGAGCAAUUCAAGAAACAAAUGCGAAAGAACGACAGUACCUGGAAAUUCAGAAACGCUUGUGGUCAAAUUGUUUCAAGUACCAAGACAGAGAAACAAAAGUUACUGGAUUCCGACAAGCUUUGCGUGAAUUAUGCGAAUCGAUUAUUAAUAAUAGUGGCAUAACGAGACAAGUUAUUCCUGAAGGCUUCACGGACAAAGAGAUGGAAAUCGUACGUGAAGAAGCCGCUCUAUUUGGAUUAGAUAUUGUUACGUGUAAAAGAUAUAGCAAGAACCAAGUUUAUCUUCAAAAACGCAAUUUUUAAUUGGACUUCUCUUCAUUGAACUUGCAACGUCAGAAAAAAAUCUUUAAUAUACGUCUGGUGCUAUAAGUUUAUAAUAUAAAAAUUCUUUUUCAGUCAAUUUUUUUGGUCUUUUAAGUUUAUUUCUUAAUUUGUAUCGAGCGUGUUCACUGUGACUAAGAAACUGUAACAAAAAAAUAGUGAACAUGUUACAAAGUUGUGUUGUUUUUGUUCCUAAAAUUAUUAGGAAUAGGAUGAUUAUUAGAGUUGAUACGGACAAUAGCAGAGUGUAUUAUAUUUUUCUUGAACAAUUCUAAUGUAGUUCAAUGAAAAGUAUAUCUCAAAGAAUACGAGUGUAGAGCAAUAACGAAUCUAGCCAAUAAGGUAGCAUUGCGAUGUAAUACUUUGAUGAUAAUACAUUUUUUUAUAUUUUAA